AGACCACACCAACAUUCCCCACCUCCAAUCUCUCCAAGUUUUGUUUUCAUUCUCUUGUGUAUAUAUGUUCCACUCCAUCUCGUUUUCUGCUUGUAAUUUCAUAACCAAGCUUUCCAAGUCUGUGCAAUAUGAAGGCAAGUCAUUGGUUUAACAGCUUCAUCGUACUGUUAGUCCUCAUCCUGACGAUGGACUUCCGCCAUGGAAUUUAUUAUGCUCGGGCUGAUGCUGGCGGCACCGGCUUCGUUCAAACAACAGCAACUAAGUUUGUCAUAAAUGGAAAGCCUUUCUACUUGAAUGGCUUCAAUGCAUAUUGGAUGAUGAUGUUUGCGUCUGACAAUUCUACGAGGAGCAAGGUUACUGACGCAUUUCGAGAAGCCUCCAAGUAUGGCAUGAACAUAGCAAGAACUUGGGCGUUUAACGAUGGUGAUUACAAGCCUCUUCAGAAUUCCCCUGGUUCUUACAAUGAAGACGUCUUCAAGGGACUGGACUUUGUUGUAGCGGAAGCUAACAAGUAUGGAAUUCAUUUGAUUCUGAGUUUGGCAAAUAACUUCAAAGAUUUCGGAGGAAAAGAUAAAUACGUUCAAUGGGCAAAGCAACGAGGUCGGAACCUGAGCAAAGAAGAUGAUUUUUUUACAGACUCUGUUGUCAAAAAAUACUACAAGAAUCAUAUUACGGCAGUGCUCACGAGAAUCAACACGAUUACUGGAGUGGCAUAUAAAGACGAUCCUAUCAUCUUUGCUUGGGAACUAAUGAACGAGCCUCGUUGCCCCAGUGAUCCAUCUGGAGCUAAUCUUCAGAAUUGGGUAAAAGAAAUGGCUGCACAUGUGAAGUCCAUUGAUAAUUAUCACCUACUGGAAAUAGGACUUGAAGGAUUCUAUGGGGAAUCGAUGCCAGAGAAGAAACAGUAUAAUCCAAAUAGCUAUUCCAUUGGGACCGACUUCAUUUCCAAUAAUCAGAUCCCCGAGGUCGAUUUUGCUACUAUCCAUAUAUACCCUGAGCAAUGGUUACCAUCGACAAAUUCAAGCGAAGAGGCCCAGCUUGGUUUUGUAGACAAAUGGAUUGAAGCCCAUACCAUGGACUGCAAUUCAGUGCUGAAAAAACCACUGGUAAUAGGAGAGUUUGGCAAGUCUUUCAAGCUGCCAGGUUACAGCUUAGAGAAAAGAAACGAGUAUUUCCAGAGGAUUUACAAAGCAAUCUACAGCAGUGCCAGGAAUGGGGGAUCAUGUGACGGUGGGCUGUUUUGGCAGCUCUUGAGCCUUGGAAUGGAUAACAUGGGGGAUGGUUACCAAGUUGUCUUGGAACAGAGCCCUUCCACUGCUUCUGUCAUUGCUCAACAGUCUCGAUUGCUAUCAUCUCUCACUUGAACUUCACAAUCAUUCCUUAAUAAAAAAUACAUUGUUACUUUAAUACGACAGGAGAAAUCUUUGGAUGAGAUUAGGUACAUUGGAACGAAGAUAGCUACUAGCUCUACUACUGUUUUGUCAGAGAUGGAGGCUGUUCAUGCAAAAUAAGGACUUUGAAACCAGCAAAUUUUUUAUUACAUGGGAUUUACAUUAAGAGACCCUUCAUUUUCACCAUUUGGAGCUUAAACUAAGAAGCAUUAAUUUCUAAGAUAUCAAUCCUUAUGUUUGAAACGAUGAAAUUUGGUGGCA